AUGUCUGACAAGGCCAACAUGACCCUCACCCGCCCGACCGAGACGGUGUGGCAGAUCAACCUCCAGGCUCCCCCCGACAACCGCCUCACCAUCGAGUUCCUCACCGAGCUCUCGGCGACCCUCGACCAGGUCGAGGCUGAGUGGCGCAAGUCUGGCGGCGGUGAGGACGACAAGGGCAAGAACAACGGCGCCGGUGCGCUCAUCAUUACCUCGUCGCUGCCCAAGUUCUUCUCGAACGGCCUUUCGCCCACUGUCCUCGGCGUCCCUGGCUUCUUCGAGUCCGUCUUCGACCCCGUCAUGUACCGCCUCCUGACCUUCCCCCUGGUCACCAUCGCCGCUGUCAACGGCCACGCCUUCGCCGGUGGCAUGAUCCUCGCCUUCUGCUGCGACUACCGCGUCAUUAGCAGCGGAAAGGCCAUGAUGUCGAUGAACGAGAUCUUCCUCGGCCUCCCUAUGCCCAACUCGUUCGCGACCUGGCUCCGCAUGCGCCUCCCCUACCAGGCGCUCCGUGAGACCAUGCUCGGCAAGCGCUGGUUCCAGAAGGAGCUCCUCGCCGCCGGCAUGGUCGACGAGAUUGCCGAGCCCGACCAGGUCGUCCCCAAGGCCAUCGAGAUCGGCACCCGCGAGGGCGCCAAGGUCGGCGGCGGCUCCUGGGGCGCCAUCAAGGUGAGCCACCAGCGCCAGAUCUGGCGUCCGUUCAUGGAGGCCGACGCCUUCUGGGCGCGCAUGGAGCGCGAGGGUGUUGCCGCCAAGUUCGCUGAGAAGGCGAAACUCUAA